AUGGAUAAGUCAUUACUUCAGCGGGAGAUGAAUGUAAACGAUGUAGAUGAAAUGUCUCGUUUAUAUGAUAAAUCUCAAAAAAGAGCUACUAAAAAAUUAAUUAUUGCAAGUAUAAUAUGUGUUAUAUUUAUGAUAAUUGAAAUAGUUGCUGCAAUUGUAUCUAAUUCUUUAUCUUUAAUGACAGAUGCUUCCCACUUAUUUUGUGAUUUAUUUUCCUUCGGAUUAAAUCUUUUUUCUAUUUAUGUAUCAAAUUUUGAAGGAAAUGUUGAUAUGUCUUUUGGAUAUCAUAGAGCCGAAAUAAUAGGAGCUUUGUUUUCUAUUUUUUUUAUAUGGGCAUUAUCUGCUUAUAUUUUAUAUAGUGCAAUAUUAAGACUGUUUAAUGUUAAAGUUGUAAAUGGAUAUAUAAUGUUUGUUACAUCAUUUGUAAGUACUCUAGCAAAUAUAUUCAUAGCAUAUAUCUUAAAAGUGCAUACACAUGGAUUUGGAUUUUUUGAUCACAAAAAAUGUAGCCAUAAUGAGAACUCUCAUAAUCAUAAUAAAAAAUGCGUAAGUAGUACAAAAACUCAAUCGAAAAAUAAUAGAUACCAAAACAUAAAUAGUGAGAUUGUUUUAGAAAAUAAUGAUAUUACAAAAAAUAAAAGCAUUGUAGAUAGUAAAGUUAAUGGUAUUUCAUGUGAUUACGUUACUUUUGAUUAUUAUGAAGAUAUAAAUAAAAACGAUGAUAAUAACAAUUCUCAUAAAGAAAAGGAAAUGAAAAGUUCAUUAGAGGUAUCUAAAAAUAAUUUAGAGGACGAUAUUUUUGAUAACAGUAAUAAUAAUAAUAAUUUUCAAGUAGAUAUAAGCGGUUAUACAAAUAAUAACAAUGAUCUAAUUAAGAAAAAGAAAAAAAGAAAAAAAAAAAAUCCGUAUAAUAAUUCAUUUAAUGAUAAUAAUAUAGAAAAUCCAAAUGCUUAUAUGCUAAAGAACGAAAACUGUGAAGAAAGCAGAAAUUGUGAUAAUUACGAAAAUCACAUAAUUAAACAAAAUUCUUGUCAUGAUCAUAAUAAUGAAGAAAUAAAUAACAUAAGUUUAAAAGCGGCAUAUAUUCAUGCCAUUAGUGAUUUAAUUCAAAAUAUAGGUGUAAUGAUUGCAUCAAUAAUCAUUUGGUACAACCCUAAAUAUUCUAUUACAGACCCUAUAUGUUCAAUUAUUUUUUGUUUUAUUGUUUUUUCAACUACUAUAUCAGUAAUUAAAGAAGUUUUAAAUGUAUUAAUGGAAGGGACACCUGUUAGCAUUAAUUUAAUUGAUUUGAAAAAUGAUUUAUUAAAAAUUCCAGGUGUCAUAGAUGUUCAUGAUUUACAUGUAUGGUCAUUAUCUAUUGGGAAACCAGCCUUAGCUUGCCACAUAGUUGCACAUAAAAAUAAUGCACACUAUGUUUUACAUAAUGCAACAUUAUUAUGCCAGCAAAAAUAUAAAAUUUUACAUACAACUGUUCAAACUGAUUAUCCAUCAAAUGUAUCUAACUGUGAAACUUACGCACAUCUUAAAUGUUCAAAUUUAAAAACAAAUACAUUAAAAUGA